ACUGCCUCGAGAUGCGACGCGGAACCAUCUCCUGGGCCUCAGACUUGCAACCUCCAGACCGUCACCCCAGACCAGCAACACCAGGUACUACCGGCGCGCAUCCUUCUUGACCCGAUGGAUUCUCACGUCUGAGUCCUCAGCCUUCCUAACCGCCAGCACCGGCUGCUGCAUUCGACUCGACCGACUGACUGCUUCCACCAUCUGCUUCAUCCUCGCCACAAUUCGCCAGAGAGCAUCACAACAACACCGCCACCAUGGAGCGCAGGCACGACAUGCACGGCAUGUCCUCCAACUCGUGGUCCGCCACAAACAUGGGGCUUGCCGCCGCCUUCUGGUAUCUGGUCGCCGGCGUGCUCGGACUCUGCCUCGUCAUCCGCGGCGUGGACCACAUCCAGAACAGGCUCAGACUAAAGACACUGCGCGCGCGAUCCGUCGCUUAUCCGACUCAGCCUCAGAACUCCUGGAUGCAGGCUUGGGCAACUCUGACGGCUGUCGCCCGCGAGGCCAGCUACCCACAGCUCUACAUCCCCACGAGAGGGCUGCAGUGGCUCUCGCCGCCGCCCAUGGGCCGCAUCCUACUUCUGCUCGCCUACUGGGCCGUCAUCAUCUACAUGAUGACCGCCGAUGCCAUCUUCAAGGACGUGCUAUUCUGGGAGCGUAUCGGCUAUCGCAACGCCUGGACGUCGGUAAUGCAGGUGCCCUUACUGUACAUGCUUGCCCUCAAAACCAACCUCGUAGGCCUCAUCUCGGGAACAAGCUACGAGCGCCUCAACUGGCUGCACCGCUGGGUCGCCCGCACUCUCUUUGUCACCGCCACCGUCCACGGCUGGCAUUUCUACCAGCAGUGGGUCAUUGCCGACAUAGUCGAGUGGCAGCUCGAGUCCAUGCCCAUGGUCGUCUACGGCAUCGGCGCCUGGGCCAUCCUCCUUUGGUUCUUCGUCACCUCUCUCAAGCCGUUCCGGUCCAUGGCCUACGAAGUAUUUGUCAUUCAGCACAUCAUUGGUGCUGUGCUGUUUCUCUGGCUGUUAUACGUCCACCUGCCUCAGAACGCCCAGUACAAUGUCUGGUUCGCGGUCGCCCUGCUGUGCCUCGACAGGCUCGUCCGUGGCUGUAUGCUCGUCUGGCAGAACACCAAGCUCAACCCGGUCCGCUCUCGCUGCAGCGGCGGCCAGCGUUGGGGCCAUCAAGUCCAGCUGGCUGUAGUCGGGGACGCCACGACAGUCGUGACCAUCAAAGAUGUCCACUUCAAGUGGCGCCCCGGCCAGCAUCUCUGGCUGUGGCUUCCCCGGAUCGGCCUCGUUGACAUCCACCCAUAUACCAUCGCCUGUCCUCACCGCAUGCCCAAGACUUGUAUCUGCAACAGCAUCCAGCUGGUGAUCCGGUCACACUCAGGCUUCUCAAAGAAGCUGCAUCGGCAUGCCCGCAAGAUGGCGGACUCUGGCGAGCGCGGGACGCUCACCGCGUUCGUGAUAGGGCCGUUUGGCAACCCGCCGAGGUGGGAUGUCUACGAGACUUUGGUCCUCAUCUCGGCCUCGACCGGAGCUUCUUUCACCCUUCCUAUCCUGGAAAAUGUGCUGAGGGCAGCCGAAUCGCAGGGCACGGCCUGCACGAAACGGGUUGACUUCCUUCUCGCAGCGCGGCAAGGAGAGGAGCUGGGCUUCUAUAUUGAGCGACUGCGGGAAGCCGUCGACCAGGCCCGUGUCGUGGGCAUUGAGCUCAAUGUGCACGUCGCUGUGACCGGCAAGGACCAGCUGGGAACCAUCACGGCAUUGCCUACAAAAGUACAAACGACUGCUUAUCUCGAUGAGAAGAAGGCAGGCCCGCCAUCAUGCUGCAAGCACUCACGCAACGAUUCAUCCUCGUCGUCCGAGUCGGACGAGAUAACCCCGGCACUCCGGACCGCCAGCAACAACAGCCGCGAUAGCCUUAGGAAGAGCGGCGCGAACCCGCACAAGGACAUCGAGGUUACAGUUACGGCCGAGCAGCCCACAGAGGCAGCGCCGUGCUGCCACACAACUAAGCCCGGCAGCAACAAGUAUGACAAUGAUCACAACAACAACAACGACGAUGAUAUUGUCCAGAUCACCACCUCUGCUGCCCGGCCAGACAUCCAGGUCUUCAUCCGGACCGCGGUCGAGGCCACGGGCGGGGAGACCAGCGUGGCCGUCUGCGGCGGGCAGUCCCUCGUGGCGGCGACGCGCAACUGUGUGGCCGCGCUGAGCGACGAGAGGGCCGUGCAUAAAGGCACAGGCGCGCAGGGCAUCUUUUUGCAUGUCGAGGAGUACUGCUUUUAAAGUGAAGUAGGUUUUGAACCUGGAUUGUUACAUGGUUUCUUUUUAUUCUUUCCCACCUUGCUUGUGCAGCGACAAAGUGAGACUUAUAGGGGAAAGUUUGGCGUUAUUUUCCAUAGACGGAUGUAGAUAUAUACCCAAUGCAAAUGCAAAUACUCCUAUUCACAUA